AUCCGAUUACCUUGAAACAUAUAUUUUAUAUUGUCAGCAUGUAGAUUGUAAUGCUUUAACCGCUCAAAAAAUCGUAUAAUAGGAAGCAGUGAUUCAAUACUGGCCCUCACCGAAUUUCUAUUUAAAUGUCUAUAGCAUGUGUAUAUUUUUCCUAGACCUCUUUAUUCUACAAUACAAAAAGCCAGGUUUGAAUCAUAAAUGUCUAAGCUACUAGUCCACAAACUAUUCUGAUAUUUUUAAACAUCUUUGCAGAUUGAAAACUUCUGGUAACGCAAAAACAAAACUCAACACAAUCCAUCAAUUAAAAGUUUAAAUCUAUUUUUUCAUUGCAACAAAAAGAAAAGGUAGAAAAGAUUAAUGUAAUCCCAAAGAAAUAUCAGCUAGAAAAGAUUAAAGAAUCCCAAAGCCCAUUUUGGUAGUCUAAUCAAGAAGACAUUAAAUGGAAUGACUUCUUUUCUUACAGUUAUUGUACGGCAAAACACAUGUCCCCCAACCAAUCCAGCCCAUUGAUAGAGAAAUCAUUAAUAGUACUAGUCAAAAUAACACAUAACCACGAUUAACUACUUACUUAACCCUUGAUUUCACCUCAUUAUUAUUUCAUCCUUCGUUUCUGUCUACUCAACCGUCUCACAAUGGCGCCACCACAGACCUUCUCACUCCUCGCCUUCACUUUCUCCCUCCUCGCCAUCUCUUCCACCGUAGGCGGCUACAACAUUACUAAAAUCCUCGCUAGCUACCCGGACUACUCCUCCUUCAACAGCUACCUCUCUCAAACGAAGCUCGCGGAAGAAAUCAACACCUACCCGACGAUCACCCUCCUCGCCCUCAACAACGACGCAAUGGCUUCCUUCGCCGGAAAACGUCCCCUCUCCGUCGUCAAAAAAGCUCUAAGCCUCCUCACCCUCCUCGACUACUACGACCCCGAGAGCCUCCACCAAAUCUCAGAAGGCACGACUCUCUCCGUCACACUAUACAACAACACCGCCGGAAACGCUCCCGAGUACCUAGGAUACGUCAACAUAACCGAUCUUUACGGAGGCCAAGUCGCUUUCGGCUCCGCCGUUUCGGGCUCCAAGCUCGACUCUUACUUCACAAAAUCUAUCAAACAAAUCCCUUACGACAUCUCCGUCGUCGAGAUCGAUGCUCCCAUCAUCGCUCCGGGAAUCUUAGCCGCCUCCCCCGCCAACAUCACCGUAUUGCUAGAGAACGCCGGUUGCAAAACCUUCGCUAAAAUGCUCGCCAAGAGUGGAGUGAUCAAGAAGUACGAAUCAGUUAUUAAAAACGGUUUAACGGUUUUUGCACCGUCCGAUGAAGCUUUCAAAGCUAAAGGCGUCCCUGAUCUGACGAAGCUCACACGAGAUGAGGUGGUCUCGCUAGUAGAGUAUCACGCACUCGCUCAUUACAAACCCAAAGGCUCGCUGAAGAGUAACAAAAACAAAAUCUCCACGUUAGCCACUACCGGAGCUGGAAAAUUUGAUCUUACGACCUCCACCUCCGGCGACGAAGUUGUUCUUCACACCGGCAUUGCUUCGUCGAGACUCGUCCACACGGUGCUGGACGCUACCCCGGUCGUUAUUUUCACGGUGGAUAAUGUCCUCCUCCCUACUGAGCUAUUCGGAAAAUCUCAUUCUCCGGCGCCGGCGCCGGCGCUAUCUCCGGCCGGAGGAGCUUCACCCACCGCUGCUUCACCGUCAAAACCUUCUACGGACGAGUCACCGGGAAGUUUUCAUUCGUACUCGCCGACAGGUUUAGCUAACAGCAAGUCGGCUAACGCGGCGGUUGCCAUGAGCUCACCGUCGUUGUUCACUGCAUUGGUCACGCUUGUUACCAUAGCCAUGUUUCAGUUAGUUGAAACCUUUUGAAUUCUCGUAGUUGUUUUUUUUUUAGGGUUAUUACUAAACGAUGUAGUUUCACACUGUACAAAAUAUAUAAAAUAAAUGGGCCUACAAAA